UGGGCAACUGUUAGUCUUCAGUGCAAGUGUCAGUGCGCCGAACGUGUAUCAUAUGGAGAUAUGGAUCUGAUAUCCAGAAGCCUGCUCCUGCUGCUCCUCGCGUCAGGGUCGCGGGCGGACCUGUUCUCCAAGGCCACCAGGACCAAGGCCGACGAGCGGGACCUGCGGAACAGCGUGUUCGACUUCAUCAUCGUCGGCGGCGGCACCGCUGGCUGCGUGCUCGCUAACAGGCUGUCAGCUGCGCACGAUUGGAAGGUCCUCCUCAUCGAGGCAGGGGACGAGGAAAACGUAGACUACGACAUCCCAGGAGUUCCGACCAAGGACUACCGGCCUAUACUCUGGAACUACCGCACCGAAAAGAACGGGUUCUCCUGCCUGUCGCGACCUGGAGGCAGUUGCGAGGUCCGGACUGGGAAGGUGCUUGGAGGGUCCAGCGUGACCAACGACAUGAAGUAUACGAGAGGUCAUAAAGUUGACUACGAUGGGUGGCAUAGCGCAGGGGCAUUGGGAUCACUGGACUGGAAGUUUGGCAAUUUGAUAGACUAUUUUAAAGCUUCAGAAGAUAAUGGUGACUACGACACACUUGUAAACUCAUUAUACCACGCGAGGGGAGGCGAAAUGCGAGUACAGAGGUUUAAAAACAUCGACAGAUACACGGAAGUGUUCACCACUGCGUUCUCAGAAAUGGGCCUUCGUACCGUCGACAUAAACACCAAUGCCGCAGAAGCUAUUGUCAAUCACCAAUUUGCCAUGGCCAAUAACACAAGACUCAGCACUAACAGUGCAUUCCUCAAGCCAGUUAAGCAUAGAAAAAACUUAACAAUCAUGACCGGAGCGACGGUCACUAAAAUCAUGAUUGACAAGCAAGAAAAAACAGUCGACGGUGUAAUGUACGAAUUCGAGAAAGGUAAAGAGAAGCCUGCUUAUGCAAAACGUGAAACAAUUCUCACUACUGGAGCCAUCAACAACGUUAAGCUUUUACACUUGUCUGGCAUUGGACCAAAAGCAGAAUUGAAAAAACAUAACAUAACGACUAUUGUUGAUCUUCCCGUCGGUUUAAAUUAUCAAGACCAAGUCAGUACUGGUGGUCUGUCGUUUACCAUAAAUGAUAUCGCGCCAGUCAGUGAAAGUCAAGUUAUCAAUGAUUUUAAGACGUGGUUUCAAAAUCGUAACGGCCCUUUAGCUUCCAGAGGUGUCGGUCAGGUCUCAGCCUUUUUACAACUAUAUGAAAGUGUCAAUGCCCCUGACGUGGAAUUAUCUUUGGAAGGAAACUUCAUCAGAAGUGAUAAAUUUAUGCUGACAAACAUAAGUGUGCACGCAGCGGAAGAAACGAACCUUCCUUUGCCCUAUUACAAUUUAGUAAAUAUAUACCCAAUAUUACUAAGACCGAAGAGCAAAGGCAAAGUGAUGCUGAACAAACGAAAUCCGAAUUAUGGUAGACCGAUAAUACAAGCAAAUCUUCUGAAGGAAACGGAAGAUUUAGAUACUUUAGUUGAUAGCAUAGACAUAGCGUUACAGUUGUUACAGACUAAGGAAAUGAAAAGAGCUGAAAUAAAAUUAGCACCGCUCGACGUGUUUCCGUGUGACAGGCUAGCUAAUAGAGAUCAGUGGAACUGUAUCACGAGACAUUAUACUAAAGCUGUAGGUAACCCUAUAGGGACAUGCCGAAUGGGAGAAAAUGCUACGGAUUCUGUGGUAGAUUUCAACCUAAGAGUUCAUGGUGUAGAGCGACUGAGGAUAGUAGAUGCUUCAGUGAUGCCCACGCAUGUACGAGGAGGAAUCUUUGCACCAACAAUGAUGAUUGCCGAGAAAGCCUCCAAAAUGAUACUUAAAGACUGGAAGGAAAGCAAUGGUUUAUACAAUGAUAGGUGACGAUAAUUAUUAUAAAUAAAAUAUCUAAGUCAGUA